CGUGUGUUGCCUGGAGCGGGCUGAUGGCGGCGGUGAAGGUGUUCCCGCUGAAGUGUGUCGUGCAGCAUUAUGCCUGGGGGAAAAUUGGCCUGGAGAGUGAGGUAGCAAAACUCACUUUAAGUGAUGAUCCCUCUAUAGCCAUUGAGCAAGAGAAACCCUAUGCUGAGUUAUGGAUGGGAGCGCAUCCCAAAGGGGAUGCCAUUAUAUGCGACAACAGAAUUCCUCAGAAGACUCUUGGGGAAUGGAUUGCCAAGCAUCCUGACUGUUUAGGGUCAAAGGUGAAAGAUAUUUUCGAAGGGCAGCUCCCCUUUCUGUUCAAGGUGCUUUCGGUCAACAUUUCGUUAUCUAUUCAAGCUCAUCCAACCAAAGAAUUAGCUGUAAAACUGCACACUCAGUUUCCGGAUCGCUAUCCGGAUAAAAAUCACAAACCAGAAAUGGCAAUUGCACUGACUCCAUUUGAAGGGCUGUGUGGAUUUAGACCAGUGGAGGAAAUUAUUGGAUUUCUGAAAAACGUCCCGGAAUUCCGUACGGUCAUUGGCAACGAAGCUGCUGAAGUGCUUGAAAAUAACACUGGUGACCCACGUCAGGUAUCUGAUGCUUUGAAGAAAUGCUUUACCCGAAUGAUGAACUGUGAAAAAAAAACCUUUAUUGAUCAGCUGAACAUGUUGGUGAAGAGGGUGUUGCAAGAAGAUGCUGCAGGAAAGGACACUACAGGAAGUAAUGGUGAGCUCUUGCUACGGUUGCACACCCAGUUUCCAGGAGAUGUUGGGUGUUUUGUCAUCUACUUUCUAAACCAAGUGAAACUGCAACCUGGAGAAGCCAUGUUUCUGGGAGCUAAUGAACCCCAUGCUUACCUUUAUGGAGAUUGUAUAGAAUGUAUGGCAUGUUCUGAUAAUACUGUGCGAGCUGGGCUCACCCCAAAAUUCAUUGAUGUUCAGACCCUUUGUGAAAUGCUCAAUUACGCACCUGCACCAGCAAGGGAGAAGAUCUUUCCAUCUGUUCGGGAUCCUUGUGAUCCAUGUGUUUCUCUGUAUGACCCUCCAGUGCCCGAUUUCACCGUGAUAAAAAUAGAGGUUCCAAGUUCAGUGAAACGGUACGAGGUAGCCUCCAUUGAUUCUGCAAGUAUCCUGCUGGUCAUUCGGGGUGAAGCUACGAGCACAGCUAGCCCGUCUGAAGUCAACAUUCGGCGAGGAUCUGUACUAUUCAUUGCAGCCAACGAGGGGGUUGGCUUGUGUAUCCGUUCAGUGGAUGGGAUGCUGCUUUUCAGGGCAUGCUGCAUGCUGUAACCUGCCUCAUUAUCGAUUCCAUAUCCCUAGGAUUAGAAAUGGACUACACUAGAGUAGACAAAUGGAUAGAUUGGAUUGGAGCAAUGUGCACUAGGUUAAUCAAUUAUGCAUUUGUGAUGAAACUCAAAAUUUACACUUCAAAUUUUCAUUCAAUUACAUUGUAUUUGCUGAUGCUUUUUUAUGUAACUCUUGCUUUAUUUGUGUUGAGAUAGUCUAUCUUUGGGUGUUCUCUACUAUAAUAAUGCUUCUGUUUUAAUUUUGAAUCACUGAGCUCCUCACCCUUCCACUCUUCAGAUCCAUGAGUUUGCUACCUGGCUGAAUCACAGUGUACCCUCUUAAUGCUUGGUGAUCAGGGGCCAUUGCAUUUGUUGGUGAACCUAGGUACUCAGCUCCUGGUGGAUGGGAAAGGAGCAUGUUUUUAAACAGUCAAAAGGUCACUGCUUUUUUUUCAUGAAUUGCAGCCAAAACCGUUGUUUGACCAAGUUUAAAGACCAAUGGUCUACCUCCUGGCAUUUAAUACCUCACUUUGUGACUGUUGACUUCACCCAGUAGUAGUGUAAAAGUGGAAGUUACUAUAAAUCCCAGCAUUUCUUUAAUUUUUAAAAAGAUUUGCCGGUGGAAUGUGGGCAUUACUGCCUAGGCCAGCUUUUAUGACCAUCACUAGUUGCCCUUUGACACAGCUGAGUGGCUUGCUAGGCCAGUUAAGAGACAAAACACAUGACUGCGGGUCUGGGGAGACACGUAGGCUAAACCAGGGUAAGGGUUUGCUUCCCUAAAGGACGUUAGUGAAAUAGCUUGGUUUUUACAACAACUGAUGAUGGUUAUUAUUAAGCUAUUAGUUCUAGAUUUUUAUUGAAUUCCAUCGUUUGCUGUGUUGGGAUUUGAACCCGAGUCCCCAGAACAUUACUGGCCUUUGGAUUAUUAGCCUAUUGACAAUACAACUGGACCAUUGCCAAAACAUUAAGUUUCAGUGAGUAUCCCUUUGCUGGCCUGGCUGUCUCCAUAAAUUUAAACUGGAUUUUUAAAAAUUAAUCUCAGGAUGUGUGUGUCACUGUCUCUGCCAACAUUUAUUGCCCAGAGGUGCUGUUAAUAGCCAACCACAUUGCUGUUUAUCUGGAGUCACACAUAGGCCAGACCGAAUAAGGAUGGGAGUGUCCUUCCCUAAAGGACAUUAGUGAACCUGAUGGGUGUUUCUCGGCAAUCAAUGUUAGAUUCAUGGUCACCAUUAGACUCUUAAUUCCAGAUAUUUAUUGAACCCAGGUCCCCAAAACGUUACCUGGAUCUCUGGAUUAACAGUCCAGUAAUAAUACCACUAGGCCACCAUCUCCCAGUACUUUUUGCUUUGAACCAUGAGAUAAAUUGUGUUUUUUAAAACUUCAUCUUGUUACUUGGAUCCUGAUUACCAUUCUGUUACAUAUCGCAGAAACAUACAGCACACAGAGAUACUCAAAUCCAUCCUGGCUGUGUAAAAAAGACACCUGAUUAAUCUUUUAAUUGUAAACUUUUCCUCUUAAUAUUUCUACGGUCGUAAUUGUGGUGCUGUUGUUUUGUUUUUGGUCAUUUAAAAUCCGACCAUGGUAUGUUGUUGUGACUAUGGUAUGGAAGACUUGUUCAAAUACUUUAGAUAUGCCUUGCACUUUAGAUAUUUUAGCUGAUGCUAGAAUCACAAGUUGAAAAAACAUUUCUGUGAUGUCUUAUGGCCAUGCCUUUCUCUGACAAUUUCUAUAAGAAUGGUACUAUUGUUUGGCUGGUUUCUGGUUUGCCUUUGCAGUUUGUUACUAUUUCAAGCACAAUACCCGCACCAGUACAGCUUAGGGAGUGACCAUCUGAAGCAUUGUGGUCCCCAGGUACGAGAAUCACUUGCAGAGUUUCAAAACUUAUCUUGGCCUGGUGAUGGCCUUGCCCUGCUGCAAACUAAGUGCCAGGGAUAAGAAUUAUUCUUACUUUGUCAGACUGACAAUUCAACUCCUCCUGCCUAUCCCAUAUUGUGUCAAGUCACUAUCUGUGGAUUAACAGUAUUGUUAACGUUCUGGCCAGGAAAGAAUGCUGCAGACCUAUCUGAACAGAUGGCUUUAAAGGCAUGUUGCCUUGCGUUUUGUUUGCUCAUUUUAAUCACACAAUGCAAGUUUACCCCAUAUCUUAAAACAUAUGUUGCUAUGAACUGAGGCUUCUUUGUGUGGUCUGGAAGUUGAGUCAAAAUGAGAAUGAGAGGAAGAGAGAAGUGUUAUCUUGAUGAAGGUAAACCGUUGGGUUCUUUCCUUCAUAAUUUUAUGAAGCUGAUUUCAUGUAAACUUUACCUUAACUCAAGCAGUCAAGGAAUAUGAUGCACAACAUAAAAUUUGUUGCUUCAGGAAAUGAUUUUGAAAUUCUUCAUGCACUAAACACAUUGAGAUAUUAUUUAAUGUUUAGUUUCUUUUCUGUAUUGGACUUAGUUUAGUGUUAACUGCUGAACUGAUCUGAGUCAGGUCACUUAACUGGUCGUUAUAAGAUGUAUAUAACUGCUAAAGAUUCUGUAAAGAUAGGUGGGAGUGUAGUUACAAUUUAGAAGAGGGCUUCUGUGCUUUUGUAUGGUGGGAGCAGAACCUUGCUGCAAUCCAGAGGCCAUAAACUAGAUGCUGUGGUGCAAGAUAGUGAUCUGGAAGUGUUGUCCUCUUUAGAUGCUGGAAGCUCAGGGUCCUUAAGCUUGUGUAUUGACUAUUUGACAUUCAUUAUUGACCAGUGACUGUAGUUUAUACCUCAAGGUGGUGCAAAUAAAAAGAAAAUAGCUAAGAGUGCAUUCAAAGGAUUCAGACAGUGUGGAAGCUGGCCAUUUGGCCCAUUGGGUGCACACUGACCCUCCAAAGAGCGUCCCACCCAGACCCAUACCUGUACCAUCCCAAUAACCCUACAUUCUCCGUGCUAAUUCACCUAACCUGCACAUCUUUGGACUGAGAGAGAAAACAGGAAGUCUUGGAGGAAACCCAUGCAGACAUGGGGAAAAUGUGCAAACUUCCCACAGUCACCUGAGGGUGGAAUUGAACCUGGGUCUGUGGCAGCAGUGCUAACAACUAAGCCACCCUAAAUGAUAAAGGUGGAAAAUCUGAACUUUUGUUCAGUUGACAUCUGAAAAGAAAAUACGCAAAUAAGUAAAAAUUUAUAUGUUCAUCCUUCAAUUCCUGGUAGAAACAAAUGGAUGAGGGUGGAUUAUCCAGCCACUGAGGCAAAAGGAUGUUAAUACUUUGAUGCAUGAACUGCGUAAUCAACAUGGAAGAAAGAACUAGUAUAACUUUGAUGCACAGUAUUUACAAGACUGAAACAGGCAGUCAGACUCGACUAGUCUGUGCUGGUGUUUGUGCUUCACACCUUUCCAUCUAACAAAUAGGUCAUAUGAUUACUUCCUCUUGUUUACUUAGCCUAUCAUUAAAUGCAUCUCUGGAAUUUGCAUGAACAAUUUCUUGCAGUAGCAAGUCGCACGUUCUAACUGCUUUGGGGAAAAAAGUGUCAUGAGGCGGUGAAAGGAAUAUGAAAAAGUUGAAGUAUGUGUUAGGAAUUAGGUGUGUAAAAGGGUGUGGACUGGAAAAGAAAACUUCCUUUUGCACGAAAGAAGGCUAGUGUAAUGAAUAUAAUUGCCCACACCUUUGGCAAAACUAUCACUCUGGAACACAAGUUACCUGACCUUUUACUCAGGAGUAUGAACAUUUCUUUGCUGUUCAGUGUUGUGUGACUGGAACUAGUAUAUUUCAAAAUUGGCUUCUUGUCAGUGGAGUCCAGCCUGAGGGAGUGCAACAGAACUGUGAUUCUGGGUAGAAUAUGGAAUCUGCCAGUAUUAGUAAGCAGUUCCAAUAUUCUAGUAGACUGGCAACCUUUUACGAGGGUUGGAUGUCAUUUUACCCCAGUAGUUUGCUGUGUAGUUGCAGUGCGGUAUCUUGUGUUUAUUUCUCCAACCUUGGUUAACUGUUGUUUCUACUCUUCAAUGUUUUAGAGUCCAAAAAUGAAAAUUAAAUGGAGUGCUUCUCAAGGA